GUUCCGUCGUAGUCACAAUCUGCAGCAGUAAAUGUGUUGGUUAGAAACUCAAAAGUCAUGUUUAAUGCGCUGAAAUAACACUUUUUUCCACCGACACUCUGCUCCCCCUCCUCUUCUUCAGCUCGUCCCCUCAUGGCAGAGGUUUAUUAUGUUGGAGUGGACGUGGGCACUGCCAGUGUGAGGGCAGCUCUGGUGACCAGGACAGGACUGCUGAAGAGCACUGCAGAAGAGCCUAUCAGCAUCUGGGAGCCCCAGUCAGACCACUAUGUCCAGUCCUCCUCUGAGAUCUGGGACAGAGUCUGCACAGUUGUCCAGAGAGUAACCCAGGAUGUGGAGAGGAGCCAGGUACGAGGGAUUGGCUUUGAUGCCACCUGCUCACUUGUGGUUUUGGACCAAAGCUUCCAGCCUGUACCCGUCAAUGAGCAUGGUGACAGACAAAGGAACGUGGUGAUGUGGAUGGACCAUCGAGCAGAAGAGCAGGCCGCACGUAUCACAAACACCAGCCACAGGGUCCUGAGCAGGGUGGGAGGGGUUAUGUCACCAGAGAUGCAACCCCCAAAGCUGCUGUGGCUCAAAGAGAAUCUCAGAGAAAGUUGCUGGAACAAAGCGGCCCAUUUUUUCGACCUUCCAGACUUCCUUUCAUGGAAGGCGACAGGCUCUUUGACACGGUCUUUAUGCACUCUUGUGUGUAAAUGGACAUACUGUCCUCCAGAGGGAUGGGACACUAGUUUUUGGACCAGCAUAGGACUGGAGGAUCUCCUGGAAAACAGCUGUUCUAGAAUAGGCAGUCUGACGUGUUCUCCAGGGAGCCCGUUGGGAGACGGCCUCACCCAGGAGGCAGCAGCAGAUCUUGGUUUGGACCCUGGAACAGCAGUUGGUGCUUCACUCAUCGAUGCUCAUGCUGGAGGCCUUGGUGUGAUUGGAGCAGAUGUAAAAGGCUUCCACUUACCCUGUGAAGACCAACCAAUCACAUCCCGAAUGGCGAUGAUCUGUGGGACGUCAACGUGUCACAUGGCAAUCAGCGAGCAGCCCCUGUUUGUGCCUGGAGUGUGGGGGCCAUGCCUGUCUGCCAUGGUACCCGACAUGUGGCUCAACGAGGGAGGACAGAGCGCUACAGGAAGGCUGAUCGAGCACAUGGUGAAGGGCCACACCGCCUACACUCAGCUCCAGGAACAGGCACGGCAGAGAUGUCCUUUUGCGGGUGAGAACAUUUACAGCUACCUGAACAGCCACCUGAGUUCAAUGGCAAACUCUGGCUCUGCCGUCGACCUGCUGGGCUCUGGUCUUCAUGUGUGGCCAGACUUUCACGGGAACAGGUCGCCGCUGGCUGACCCUACGCUGAAGGGCAUGGUAAUUGGGCUGUCGCUCUCUCAAACCCUGGAUGACUUGGCUCUGCUCUAUUUGGCGACUGUGCAAGCCCUCGCCCUUGGUACUCUUCAUAUUCUGGAGGCCAUGAGAGAAGCAGGACACGACAUUCGAACCCUCUUCCUGUGUGGCGGAUUGAGCAAAAACACCCUGUUUGUACAGAUCCACGCCAACGCUACAGGGCUGCCUGUGGUGUUGCCUGAUCAGAUGGAGGCCGUGUUAAUAGGAGCAGCAGUCCUGGGUGCAUGUGCGUCACAGGACUACGGCACGAUACAGGAGGCGAUGGAGAAGAUGGCCAAAGUGGGGAAAGUUGUUUGGCCUGACCGUGAACUCCAGGGCUUCUAUGAGAGAAAGUACAAGGUGUUCCUGCGACUGUUUGCCCACCAGAGGGAGUAUCAGACCCUCAUGAACCAGAGAUGACACUGGGUGGGAGGAGGCCGAGAUGGGAGUGAAUCUCUGAUGUAAUGAGAGGAGCCUGCUGCCAGGAUCAAAGUUGAUAAGCUCUUCACUGAUGCUGCCGACCCGGUGAGGGGGAACGCUAAAGCCCACACAGCUGAGUUAACAGCAGCCUUAAAAACAGACCGCACUUGUGUGAGAGAGGCAGAGGCAGGGAGGGUGGAGAAAACGUGAGAGCCAUGGCUACUGGUUAUUGUUUGCAAAAACUUUCCCUGAUAAAAAAAAAAAAAAAAAAAAAAAGGUGGAGAAAUUACAUCAGCAAUAAUUUUAAUUUCAACUUCAGAAAUACUUUCAUCAAAAUCUUAAACAUUUAGAGUAUUUGUGUCAUGAACCCAAGAGGACUCAGAGAAAUUAGCUGGUUUUAAUAAUGUUGGUAAACAGGUUGACAGGUUGUAAACUUCUUAUAAAUAUGUAACUUAUUAGCCAUUUAAUGAGUAAUCCUGUCGAUAAAAUGCAAAGCAGAAACUCUGUUGUUUGCACUCUGUCAGUUUUUCAGUGUGUGAAUGAUGACAUAAACCACUUCCUCUUGCACUGGUCCAAAACAGAAACAGAAAUGCUUGUGUAAAUAUUAUACUGAGAUCAAUGGUCUUUACUGUGACAGUACCACUGUUCCACUGUUACAAUAGAAAUUACAUCUGCUCUAAUCAACACAUUUUUAUCCAUCUUUAAAUAUCUUAAAAAAAAACACAUUCACCGUUCAUAGAGCCCUGUAUAGAAGAGCUCAAAGGCCCAAUGCUACAGGUUUUUACUGGCUAACACUGUAAAGUGUAUUUGUUUUUAGAAAAUUUAUUUCUUAAGGCUGAGGGUUUACAACUUGUGGCUCAGGGUCCUGCCUCCUUCUUACUGUGGUCUGUGAAUCAAAUUCAAAUACUAAUAUGUCUUAAACAUGUAGAAAUCAGGAUAAAUUCUGCCACGUAUGAUCUAAGUGAACGCUGUCCAAAUUUUGGAUUAAUUUCCAUAAAUUAAUCACAGGUGAAAAAUGCAGUUUUAAAAUGUAUGCUGAUUAAUCACACUCUGAUGACUCUCACACAAACGACUAAAGCAGCUUUUUAACUUUGAUCAGAAUGUGUGAAGAUUCUCCUUUCUCUUAAUUUUCAUAAUUUUAUGGAUAAAAUACAAAUUCUAAUAAUAAUAACAUCAUCCUAGAUUAUCUCCACUUCCACUGUUUCAAAGUCAAAUCAAAAGUUUUGAUGCCAUUCAGAAAAAUAUCCUUUCUGAUUGUUCUCUCACUAUUAAUAUUCAAUCUUCCACUGUUGCAAUCUUUUACAAAUGAUCAACGUAUGUGAUUAUUUUUGAUUAAUUACAAUGCCUAAAAUAACUCAGCUCUAUUGACAGCUCUAAUGUAAAUAUGAGUCUCCAAAACAAUACCACGCAGCAAGCAUGAGAAAUAGAAAUAUUUCAGUAAUCUCUAAUUAAUGAUGUAUGUUUUGUUCUUUGUUAGAAAUUAGUACAUAUAUAUGACUAGAACUGCUUCUGUAAAACUAUUUUAGAUGUGUUUUUGAAUACAUUUGAACAUAAAAAAUAGAAACGUCAGCAAAAAAUAAUUAAGUUACCAAUAAUUACUUU